AACUCGUCUGAUGUGUCACGUGGUAUGAGUGACACGUUCGGCAUUCCGGGACUGCGUCACUCUGACAUAUAAAAAGCAACACUCUUGGUCGCCCUCCACACAUCCUCUCAGCAUCAAGCAUCACGACUGCAAAGAUGGCAUUUGCUCUUCGCUCAUUGCUUCUCCUGUGCGGGAUCAGUGCACUGUUGACUGGAGUUUGGUCUUUUCAGGUCGUUAAAGUUCCUUCCUGUCCAAAGGGAUGGGUUCGGUUGGAGAACCGCUGUUUCUUUGUUGUGCACCAGUACAGACACUUUGAAGAUGCAGAACUAGCUUGUCAAGCUCUUGGAGGGAAUCUGGCCUCCAUCCUAAAUGCAAGGGAACAAGUCGUAGUUCGUGCACUGAUCGACCUGAAAGUUGGAGUUCAUGAAGUCGCCUGGAUUGGAUACAAUGACUUAGCUAAUGAGGGAACCUUUGUGUGGACCGAUAAUUCACCUCCCGGUUUUGAUGCCUUUGACGGUCCAGACCCAGUCACUCCCGAUCAGGAUUGCGUCCAGACAAAUGCCGGGACAAACAGUAUGUUCUGGGAGGAUGAGCCCUGCUCUACAACAGUUCCAUUUGUUUGUGUCACCAAUGUGCACUGAGACUUAACUGCCAACAUCAUGUAUUCUUCAACAUCUUGUCUGUGGUCUAGAUGUCUUUUCUGCGACAUCACAUGAUGCCAGCGGUGGCUUUCUCUUUCUGGAUAUAUUGCAAAGUUUCUUCUCCUUUUCCACUUUUCAUGUAUGGUUGAUUGCCAUCAGCCAAGCCAAAUCUUGGAGUGUCAAUGCUUCUCUCUCUAAUAAAUGAAGGAAUCUGUCUCUGCAUUGA